AUGGGCCCCGCGGCGCGGCUGGCGGCGUUGCUGGCGGCCCUGGCGCUCGGGGCUGGGGACCCGGCCCGGGCGGCGGCGCGCGGGGAAACGUUCUCGGCGCUGACCAGCGUGGCGCGCGCCCUGGUGCCCGAGCGCCAGCUGCUGGGGCUGCUGCGGCGCUACCUGCGCGGGGAGGAGGCGCGGCUGAGGGACCUGACCAGAUUCUAUGAGAAGGUACUGUCUUUGCAUGAGGACCCAACAACCCCUGUGGCUAACCCCCUGCUUGCGUUUACCCUCAUCAAACGCCUGCAGUCUGACUGGAGGAACGUGGUACAUAGUCUGGAGGCCAGUGAGAACAUCCGAGCUCUGAAGGAUGGCUUUGAGAAGGUGGAGGGCGACCUCCCGGCCUUCGAGGACCUGGAGGGAGCAGCAAGGGCCCUGAUGCGGCUGCAGGACGUCUACAUGCUCAACGUGAAGGGCCUGGCCCGCGGGGUCUUUCAAAGGGUCACCGGCUCCACCGUCACCGACCUGUACAGCCCCAGGCGGCUCUUCUCCCUCACGGCGGACGACUGCUUCCAAGUAGGCAAGGUAGCCUACGACAUGGGGGAUUACUACCAUGCCAUCCCGUGGCUGGAGGAGGCUGUCAGUCUCUUCCGAGGAUCUUAUGGAGAGUGGAAGACAGAGGAUGAGGCGAGUCUGGAAGAUGCCUUGGAUCACUUGGCCUUUGCCUAUUUCCAGGCAGGAAAUGUUUCAUGUGCCCUCAGCCUGUCUCAAGAAUUUCUUCUCUACAGCCCCGACAAUAAGAGGAUGGCCAGGAAUGUCUUGAAAUAUGAAAGGCUCUUGGCAGAGAGCCCCGGCCAGGCAGUAACAGAAGCUGUCAUCCAGAGGCCCAAUGUCCCCCACCUGCAGACCAGAGACACCUACGAGGGCUUGUGUCAGAACCUGGGCUCCCAGCCCACUCACUACCAGAUCCCCAGCCUCUACUGCUCUUAUGAGACCAACUCCAGCCCCUACCUGCUGCUCCAGCCCAUCCGGAAGGAGGUCAUCCACCUGGAGCCCUAUGUCGCGCUCUACCAUGAUUUUGUCAGUGACUCGGAGGCUCACAAGAUUCGAGAGCUUGCAGAACCGUGGCUGCAGAGAUCCGUGGUGGCCUCAGGGGAGCAGCAGUUGCAAGUGGAGUACCGCAUCAGCAAAAGUGCCUGGCUGAAGGACACGGUAGACCCAAUGCUGGUGACCCUGGACCACCGCAUCGCUGCCCUCACUGGCCUCGAUCUCCAGCCUCCCUACGCGGAGUAUCUCCAGGUGGUGAACUACGGAAUCGGAGGGCAUUAUGAGCCUCACUUCGACCAUGCUACGUCACCGAGCAGUCCCCUGUACAGAAUGAAGUCCGGGAACCGAGUGGCAACAUUCAUGAUCUAUCUGAGCUCGGUAGAAGCCGGAGGAGCCACAGCCUUCAUCUACGCCAACUUCAGCGUGCCGGUGGUGAAGAACGCCGCGCUGUUUUGGUGGAAUCUGCACAGGAGCGGCGAAGGUGACGGGGACACACUUCAUGCUGGCUGUCCUGUCCUGGUGGGAGACAAGUGGGUGGCCAACAAGUGGAUACACGAGUACGGACAGGAAUUCCGCAGGCCCUGCAGCUCCAGCCCUGAAGACUGAAAUGUUGGCCCAGAGCAGCCGGUGGCGUCCUGUUGCUCUCCAGAGAGGGUGGGAGCCGAAGCUAGGGUAGGAGAGAAGGCAGAGCAGCAUCCGGGGCGCGGGAGCAAGGAGUGGGUCUUCACCAGGGGCCCCUUGGCCUCUGCUGUGGCCGUGAGGGUCAGAGCAGAACGGACAACCCGGGGAGGGGCAGUGGAGACCUUGGCAGAAGGUUCUGGGGCUCAGGCUCUCUCAGGGAUGUGCGCAGUGGGGCUUUUGCCACCUUCAACCCUGACCACGGAGGACCCAGAAGUGACCACGGUGACACCUGCAGGAGGGACCGGCCAGGCCCGUUGGCUUUGAGGCCUCCUCCAGGACUUCUGCUGGAGCCUGAACAGGAGGCGUCUCUGGCUCAGAGUGCGCCCCAUGCGAUGGGGCCAUGUUGAGUUUUUUUUUUUUAAAGCAGCAAGAGACCUCCUGUCCUUCUGAUGUGAUCGUUUUGUAAUACAGCCAUUAAAAGGGUUUUUUCAGAUCAUUUUUUC